UAGAAGACGUUGCCUGAGUGAGUGCUGAAAGGCAGACUGCAGAGGUUAUCCUUCUCUGGACGCACGGAUAUCAGUUUUCCCAAAUCAACUACAAUGGACUGCUGCCCCAGUGUGGAAGUAGUAACUACAAAUGAAGCUACUGGUGAAGACACUACAACCAAACAACAAGUAUUUACAUGUUUUGCUGAGACACACCAAGAAGAGGUUGACAAAUUACGAAAUGUCCCUGCACCAGGUGAGAUUUCAGUGCAGCAUAUUGGGACCAGUUCCAUUACUCUUGCCUGGAAGCCAGAAAACAUAACUACAUUUGAGUUAACUUGCUUCAGUCAUACAACUACAAAGACCUUUACAAUCUCCAAUGCAUCAGCCAUGGAAGUAGAAGACCUUUCUCCAGGGACUGAAUAUGCGUUCACCAUUGUUUCUGUUUCAAUAAACGGUGAUCGAAGUGCAGGAACUGAAUUGACUGCAUCCACCAAGCCAGUCCCACCUGACAAAUUUAAGGUUGAGAAUGUUGGAACCACAUCAGUAACUCUUAUUUGGGAUGUAUCUGGAUGUAAAGAGAAGCACUUUCAUGUGGUCUGUCGACAGAAUGGAAGAAACAUCCAGGAUGACAGGACAGAAUCUGGAAGUGUGGUUUUCAGUGACCUAAGUCCUGGAAAUAAAUACUCUUUUCACAUUACAAGAGUACUUCCAAGUGGCAUCCAAAGUAAAGAAGCAGUGACAUACACUCAAACAAAAACAAACAUCCAGGGCCUCUUGCAGGAUUUGGGGUUGGAGCAGCACUACACAAACAAACUUUCACUCAGUGAUGUGCUGCAGAUCGACAAGAGUUCAGUGACUGAUGAGCCAGCCCAGUCUCUAUCAUCUUUACCAUGGCAGUUCCUGAAGAAACUCAUGAUGGUGAAUGUGACUGCAAGAAGUGUCAAAUAUUCAUCAGAUGAGAGUGACAGUUUGUCAAGUUUAGAUAUUUACAAUGACACAUCCAUUUUUCAGAUCAAUCAGAAUGUCAAUGUAAAUCCUUUAGACAUAGUGACCGCCCUCUUUCAUUGUUCAGAUGGUUUCUUACAACAGGAAAUGGUCUCAAAAAUGUCAAUGUGUCAGUUCUCUGUCCCUUUGCUUCUUCCAAAUUGUGAUGGUCAACAGUGCAUGUACAUGCUUUGGGCCAUGAGAGAUAUUGUGAAGAAAUUUAGACCUCACUCCUUGUCAGACCAAAAAGGAUUUGUGGAGGACAGAAUUGUUCAUUCUGUGCUCCCCUUAGUGUCCUUUGUUAGACUGGGCAAAUGCAGCAUUUCUAAAUCUCAGAUCUUAAACAAACUACUCAGCAACCCCCAGCAGUAUCAUGAUACCUUUGUACAUCGUGACAUGGACUGUGGAGAUAUCCCGAGAAAGAUAUCAAAUGGGUUAGUGGAGAUGAGUUGGUAUCUACCUUGUGGAAACAAAAACAUUGAUGUUUUUCCUGAACCUGUGGCUUUUGCAAAUUUGAGAGGUGACAUCAGUACCUUUGAAACUCAGUAUUCAUUCUUAUGUCAGACCUCCACUGCAGUUUUUGUGUUCUUUGAAAAUCUGGACACAAAUUACAAGCUUCUCACCAACCAACAUGCUAAAGCACAGGUUUAUUUAGUAGGCAACGCCCAAAGCAAAACAUUUGAUUUGCAGCAGCUGAAAAGCACAGCCUCUGAAAUGAACUUGAGGAAAGAAAACAUAAUUCUGAAGAUGAAACAAAAUGAUGCAAAUUUUGUCAAAAAUCUGCAUACCACAGUGAAUUGCAUAAUUAAUAACCAUCCUAUCAAAGCAUGCCUGGAGAAAAUGGACACAAUAGCACACGAGCUUGGAAUUCUAGUGGAUGAAGACAUCGAAGAAUGUCAGAAAGCCAAAAAUAACUCAAAUGUCCUAAUGAAAAGUAUACAGGACACAUUGCAGUUCAAAGAGGAUCAGCUUCCCCUUCAGGGUAAAAUCUGGAAAGAUCUGGCUAAACUGGAAAAAGAGGAAUGCAGACUCCGGAAAGCUGGUGAUCAAAACAUAGAGAUAUACAAGAGUGAUCUCCUGCUUAAAAAGACUGAACUCAGGAAACUGCAAAAUAAAUAUGAUAUUUCAGAGGCAAUGUCUUGCUUUAUUAGUGCAUUAUCGACAUCAAGCCAGGAGAGGACCUACUUCUUGAAGUGGAUGCGAAUGAACCUUGACAAUCUCUCCCGAUCAAACCUCUCCAGCCUCCGAGAACAGUACAAAGAAAAGUGUCAGCAUUUUUCAGAAAACAAAGAGGAAAUCGCACAGCUCGAUCAACAGAUCUCCAACAGUUCUUUAGGAGUAGAGCACUUCCUGCGUGAAAUGGGCCAACUUUACGAAGCUGCUGUGUCGCUUUCAGAAAACCUAGAAUCACGUCAACAAAUGCUCCACUUGCCCAAGUUAUGUGCUAAGCUGAUGUUAAAUGGUUUCCCUCUGGAACUGGUUGAUGGAGAUGCCUCAAAUAUUCCUCUCAGAUGGGUAAGGGAUGUGCUGAAGUAUCUGAACUCUUUAGUGCAGCCCAAUAAUAAAAUCAUGGUGGUCACAGUUUUAGGAGUUCAGAGCACAGGGAAAUCCACCUUGCUGAACACCAUGUUUGGAGUUCAAUUUGCUGUCAGCAGUGGAAGAUGCACCAGAGGAGCUUUCAUGCAGCUGAUCAAAGUCAAAGAUGACCUCAAGCGAGAACUUGGCUGUGAUUAUUUAGUGAUAAUUGACACAGAAGGCCUGAAAUCCCCAGAGCUUGCAAAACUAGAUGAUAGCCAUGAACAUGACAACGAAUUAGCCACACUUGUUGUUGGAUUAAGCGACGUCACAAUCAUCAACAUCGCAAUGGAGAAUUCCACAGAGAUGAAGGACAUUUUGCAAAUCGUGGUCCAUGCUUUCCUCAGAAUGAAGGAAAUUGGUAAAAAACCCAAGUGUCAGUUUGUCCAUCAAAAUGUUGCUGAUGUAUCGGCACAUGACAAGAACAUGAGAGACCGUAAACUUCUGCUGGAGCAGCUGAAUGAAAUGACAGAGGCAGCAGCUAGAAUGGAGAACAAGGAGGAGUAUAAAAUGUUCACAGAUGUGAUGGAGUAUGAUCCGGAGACCUGCAACUGGUAUAUCCCUGGGCUCUGGCAUGGAAAUCCUCCAAUGGCACCAGUGAACGCUGGCUACUCUGAGGCUGUCUAUGACUUUAAAAAGAACAUGGCUGAGAUAAUUGGACAAUGCAAGCACAACACACAUGUAAACAACAUUACUGACUUUUUGGAGUGGACGAAAAGCUUGUGGAAUGCAGUCAAGUACGAAAACUUCAUCUUCAGCUUCAGGAACAGCUUGGUGGCCGAUGCGUAUAUAAGACUGUGUACAGAAUACAAUAAAUGGCAAUGGUCUUUCAAGAAGGAUAUGCACACUUGGUUAACUCUAGCUGAAACCAGAGUAUCAAAUUUCGAGAUUCUCAGACUGAAAGAAGAGAAAUUAGAUUUGAAAGAUCUUUUAUGGAGACUGAAACAAGAAGCUGACACAAAGCUUAACUCAUUGGAACAGAUCACUAUGGCAAAGCUGUCCCAAUACUUUGAACAAGCAGAGGGUCAUGUCUAUCUUGUGGAAAAGUACAAAGAAGACUUUGUGAGCAGUGUAAAAUGUCUCAGAAGGGAAACUGAGAGCUCUAUGGUGGUACAACUUGAAGCAGCAAUUGAUAUUAAGAGAGGAAUGAAUAAUCUGGACAGCAUCAAGAAAACUUUUGCUGAAACAAUGGAGAAAAAAGUGUUGGGCCUCUUGGAGGAGUUACGCAAAUGCAAGAGCUCGCAAAGUGAUUGGCAUAAGACUGACAAGGAGCUGGACAGCUGUUUUGAACAAAUAUGGCAAGAAACUGUCAAUGAGCUAUCAUUUAAUGGACUGAUGAAGAAAAAUAUAACUGAUCAUGUUCACAGGCAACUUAGGGAGAACAUGAAACAGAGGGGAAGCUCUGUUGCAGAACAAUUAAUCAGAGAAAAUCUGAACAAUUACGGCAUAGGUGAGUUCAAAGUCACCAAAGACAAUUUCUUUAAAAAAAUGUAUAAAUGUUUCAUCAAUGACAACUCAGCAGAGGACCUUCAGCGAUUUGCUUGUGACAUAAUUAAAACAUGCAGUGAUUUAGUCUGUGACAAGAAAGAGAGACGUUUAGAUUACCAUGACAAUUACAUCCAGGAAAUCUUAAAUGUAAUUGAUAACAAACUGGUGUCAAACAAGGGUAUGGGAUUUUCAGACCGAUUUGAACUCUCCCUCAAACUGUACAUUUGUGGAUUUUGUGCAAGAGAUUUUCAAGACAUGCACGAAUCUUUCAUUUUGGAGAAUGACCCACGGAGAUGCCUCAACCAGUAUAAAGACAAAUAUCGCAAUGAUUUCAAAGAUCUCUUCCAUGAUCGCGAUCAAUGCCAGAGAAAGGCUGAAGAAUUCACUAAACUCUGUUUGACGCCUGCCGUUGAGACGUUCAUCUACAGCUCCUUGGGUCCAGACAUUGUUGACAAAAUGAUACAGGGGAAAAAUGCAUUUCAGUUCAGCACUCGUGCAUUUUUUCAGUACACUCUGUUGAAGGAACUUCUCAAUGAAGAUAAGUUUGAGUGGUAUGUGAAAUACACACGCUCCUAUGAGCAUUUUGUUAAGAACUGGAUAUUAGAUCAAAUAAUCGAGCAGUUUUCAAAUGGAGAUGACGUGUCUGAGUUGGAAGAAUGUCACCUCAGAGGAAUCACCAAGGAGAUACUAGAGAGUGUCAAAAUGGCACAGAAAGAAACAAAUGUAGAAGACAUCAAAGAAUUCAUACAGUGCAUUUGCAGGAAUCUUGGAGAAAAGCUCCAAAUUCCCAACGAUGCUCUAGAAACAGUGUUGGCCUUAAAUAAUGCAUCUCCAGAGUCAUUUGCGAGCUGGUUAACCAAAUCUGUGGAGGAGAUGAAGCAGAUACUAAAGGACCAACUGAAGAGAGUCAGCUUUAUCCAGAAACUGUGGAAAAUCAAAAUGAAUCCCCAGGAUGAACUCUUCAAGAGGGUGUUUGGAUGUGGGUACCAGUGUCCCUUUUGCAAAGCUCCAUGUGAGGCUGGUGGAGAAGCUCACACUGAACACUGUGCUUCAGUUCACAGACCUCAGGGACUUGGAUUUUACAUAUAUGUAUGUGAUGAAAAACUAGUGACAAGCAUCUGCUCAACAGAUGUCCACAGCGAACAACAGUUCAAGUGUUUUGAGACAGAUUAUGAAUACCAUCCCUACAAAAGGUAUAGAGAAAUAUUUCCAGAUUGGCACAUUCCUGCUGAUGCUAGCAUAGAAGCAUCAGAUUACUGGAAAUAUGUGAUGACUCGCUUCAACACCAAGUUUGCUGAAGAAUAUAAUGUUUGCCCUGCUGAUAUACCCAUCACUUGGAAAAAAAUCAGUAAGCAGCAAGCAAAGAAGAGUCUAAAAGAGUCUUUCAGCAUCAUAUAAGCAAUAUAUAUAUAUAUACUUUCAGCAUCCUAUAAACUUUAUAUGUACGGCAUUCGAACUAAACGCAUGUGGUGACCACUUCCAUGGCAAUGACUGCUUUUUGUAGUGACCAGAAAAUUCAGUUGAUUGCUUGCUAAUGCUUCGAUCACAUUUAUAC